ACUUUCAUUGUAGUUAACUUGAGUUGAAUAAACAAGAAUAUCGUUUAUAGCAAACUUAUUCACUCUCUUCCUCCUCCUCUUGAUCUCAAGUUCUGUACUACUAAUAGAUAAUAUGACCAUGUAAGGAAGAAGAAGAAGCAUGAACAACGAUAUUGAGUAAAAAGAUCUCCACAGAGAAGAGUACCUAAAUACAUGGAUUUGUGGGGAGGCCAGCCAGAAAAACUCUUAUCAUCUCCCAAGUUCAAAACCCUUUAUUUGGUGAGGCAUGCACAAGGAAUCCAUAAUGUAGUAUUAGAAGAGAAAAGAGGGAUAGAUGAGAUAGGUGAUGUUCAUCUCUCUCCAAAGCUUUUCGAUGCCCCUCUCUCUCCAAAGGGUGUCCAACAGGUUUCUGAACAGCACAAACAAAUAUUAGAAUCGGGAUUACUAAACAAUAUCGAGUUAGUGAUUACCUCUCCUCUGCGCAGGGCAAUGGAAACUGCAGUCGGAAUUUUUAGGGGACACAAAGAUAUAAAUCUAUCCCACAACUUUCCUCCAAUUGUAGCACUUGAGCUUUGUAGAGAACGCAUGGGACUAUAUCCGUGUGACCGCAGAGAAAGUAUAAGUACCCGUCGCAUUUGUUUCCCGGAGAUCGACUUUACAAUGGUAGAGAGUGAUGAAGAUGCUCUAUGGAGAGAAGAGGAAAGGGAAAACCUAGAAGAGGUUUCUGCUAGAGGCUUUCGCUUUCUCAAAUGGUUAUGGGAGAGACCAGAGAAAGAAAUUGCAGUUGUAAGCCAUGGGAUUUUCUUGCAGCAAACACUUUGUGCCCUGCAUGAAAAAGUUAGCAUACCUCUUGAAGAUAGUCUCCUCACAAGGUUUGCCAAUUGUGAACUACGGUCAAUCCGGAUAGAUGAGAGUGCAGUGACAUGGAAGCAGUGACAGUAACGACUUAUAACUGUAUAAAAAGCGUUGAUCCACCUUCAACUUCCCUUCACACGCUUGAAUAGAAAUCAUUUGUGUGAACUGUGUUUCAUGCCAUGCACAUAGCGCUUAGAACCAGGGAAGCAAGCCACACCCGAAUCUGGUACUAACGUAGCCUAUGCGAGGGCAGACAUGCGUGUGAAACUCUCUCUUUUGUUUUUCUUGAUUAAUGUUUUAGUUCCUGAGAAUCUCUCUUCUUAAUUUCUUUUACUUAUGUGUGAUUGAGUAUUUUAACAAAAGUGGCUCUGCUUAAGUUCGUGGUUCCAUCAAUAUUGUAUGUCAUUCCAAUAUGUGGUUGUUGUUGUUGUUGUAGUAGUUGAUUUUCUUAUAUGAAUGCAUGCAUCAUGUAAGUGGAAAAUACUGAAAACUUAUAACAUUAUAACUGAAACCAUCUCAUAAAGCUUGAGAUGUUUAUUUAAA